CGACCGCUUUCGUUUGCUUGAGAAUUCUCUCUCUCCGUCUUGCCAUUAAGAGAAUUGAGGCCUGGUGAAAUCUUCUUUUCUCCGUAGAUUUCGAUCGUUGUCUUCUCCAUUACCGGAGAUCUCUCUGAAUUCUGUCGGUCAUGUCGGACGAGGAGCACCACUUCGAGUCCAAAGCUGAUGCCGGAGCUUCCAAAACCUACCCUCAGCAGGCUGGAACCAUCCGCAAGAACGGCUAUAUCGUCAUUAAGAAUCGUCCCUGCAAGGUUGUGGAAGUUUCAACUUCAAAGACGGGGAAGCACGGCCAUGCCAAAUGCCACUUUGUCGGGAUAGACAUAUUCACUGGCAAGAAGCUCGAGGAUAUUGUCCCCUCUUCUCACAAUAGUGAUGUUCCCCAUGUUAACCGUACUGAUUACCAGCUCAUUGAUAUCUCCGAGGAUGGCUUUGUUAGUCUUCUGACUGAUAGCGGAGACACUAAGGAUGAUCUCAGGCUUCCAACCGAUGAGAGUCUGCUCAAACAGAUCAAAGACGGAUUCGAGGAGGGGAAGGAUCUGAUCGUGUCGGUGAUGUCAGCAAUGGGGGAGGAGCAGAUCUGCGGUCUGAAAGACAUUGGUCCCAAGGCUUAGGGCUUUUCUCCCACUUUGGGAUCCCCCUCUUACAAGAUAGUAUCAGUUUGACAAAAUAUGACGGGGAAGAUCAACCAAAACUUGAUAUAAUCAAUGCGUGUUUCGUCGGUUUUUCGGGUUUUGUGGACAAGUCAUAAUAUGUUAAAACAGGUUCGAACUUUCUAUGCCAUUCUUAUGUUUGCUUUGGUUUU